AUGAGUAAAUCACGAGUCAGCUCUCUUGAACCAACGCCUAUAGCUAGGUUAGAGCUUCAGGCGGCUCUAUUAGGUGUACGUUUAGCAGACACAAUCACUCGGGAUUGUAAACAAAAGAUCAACGCACGUUAUUUCUGGUGUGAUUCGCGAGUAGCUUUAUCGUGGAUUAGAAGCGAUGCACGCAACUUUAAAGCGUUUGUUGCGAAUCGGGUCGGAGAAAUUUCUGAGUCGACACUACCACGCGAAUGGCGCUGGGUACCGUCAGAGCUUAAUGUAGCAGACGAUGCCACUCGCGUAACUGCCAAAAGCUCAAUCGAGCUUAAUAGAUGGUUAAACGGACCGUCCUUCUUGAUGGCAACUGAAGAGCAAUGGCCAGUAGAGCCCGCUGCUGACCCCGUCGCUGGCCAGGAUCUGAAGUGUCAUCAGACAGUUUUGGCAGACUCUCGGCCCUAUUUUAAUAUUAUUCCAAAUUCUAAAAACUUUAGCAACUGGCUGCGACUCUUACGAGCCACAGCCAGAGCUCACCAAUUUCUACGCCUACUUAUAGAAAGUAAGUCAAAUAAUGUAUUUUCUAAUAAUAGAUGUCGUUUUACUAAUAGGGGUACACUACGUCCGCUUCUUUUUAAAGACAUGAAGUCAGCAGAGCUCCAUUUAUUACGGCAAAGCCAGGCGGAGUCUUUUAGUCUCGAAAUUGCAGCUUUACAUCGUGAUGAGCCACUUCCUAAAUCCAGUAGAAUUGGAAAUCUCUCGAUAAAGCUUAGUUCGGAUGGACUACUACGCCUUGAUGGAAGGAUAUCAGCUACGCCAGAUCUCUGCGACGAAGUUAAGUGUCCUCCUAUUUUAGAUGGACGUAACGAAAUCGUUCACUUGCUGGUCCAGUAUUACCACAUCUGGGCUUGUCAUGGAUAUAAUGAGACGGUUGUGAACGAAUUGAGACAGAGGUAUUGGAUUCUUCAUUUACGACCAACUGUUCGCUCAAUUGCUGCUAGAUGUCAAGCAUGCCGCAUAAAAAAGGCUUCAAUCUCGAUUCCACCUGAAGGAGAUUUACCGGUAUGCAGACUAGAACACCAUCAACGUCCGUUUCUGAACACCGGCCUUGACUAUUUCGGUCCUAUGGAGGUAACAAUAGGAAGGAGACGCGAAAAGCGAUAUGUUGCGCUAUUUACCUGUCUCUCCGUCAGAGCAGUACAUCUGGAAAUUGUUGGCAAUUUGAGUGCAGAUGCUGCUAUUAUGGCACUUAGACGUUUCAUGUCACGCCGCGGAGUACCAAGCAAGAUCUUUUCUGAUAACGGCACGGCAUUUGUUGGAGCUAGUCGAGAGAUAAGAACGAUGUGGAGAGCCAUGAAUCAUGCAGAAGUAGCAGAUUACGCGACAUCUCGUGGUAUAGAAUGGAACUUUAUUCCCCCCCUCUCUCCAUUCAUGGGCGGUUGUUGGGAAAGGCUAGUUCAGUCUGUUAAAAGAGCUCUUGCAGCGGUUGUCAAGAGUAAAUCCUUUAAAGAAGAAACUCUUAUCACGUUCUUAGCAGAGAUAGAACACGUCAUCAAUUCGCGCCCAUUAACCCACAUAUCGGUCGAAGCAGGAGAGGGACCUGAUUCCUGUGAUCUUGAUGCUAAACUUAAGGUGGCCCUCGUUGAAUUAAAGAAAACCCAAGACUUGAAUAAAGUAUUGUUACAGGAACAGGAUGAUAGUGAAAUAGAGAUGAAAUCUCUAUUUAACAAAUAUGUGGCCCUGAAGGGAGAACUUGUAAACAUUAAUGUAUUCUGUGAGGACCUACGCGUUGACAGGGAUAGACUUCAGGAAAUUGUUAAUGAAUAUGAUCACUGCAGGGACACAUAUGAGUCAAAUCUACAGCGUAUCACUCACCUCGAGAGACACCUUGAGGAAGCUCAAGCACAUAGUGAAUCUAUGUUGGAACACAAACGGGUGAGUAGCUAUAAUAACACCUUAGAUCUGUAUACAGAAUUGUUAAAUGUCACUUGUGAUCAAAAGUCUACUCAGCCGUUGGUGACCAUAGAUUUAACAAAUACACCCAGCUCAAAUAGUUAUGAUUCAUGUAUUGCAGACUGGGGGCUGGUAGACUGGGACCUGAUGAUGCCUCAUUUAGAGGUGAUAUACGUGUCUGAUAACAGUCGGAGUUUGAUCACCAGUAGGAAGGUUAACGUAUCCAAUAGCGGUGGUUUCCGCACUGAAUCUUUGUGGUAA